UCUAAGUUCCUUGAAAAAACAUUGCAUUUUUGUAAGAAUCCAGCGAAACGCAUUUAGAAAAUGUCCUCCAAUACAGAAGACUUCAAUGCCGACGAAUUGCAGGCACCAGAAUGGAUGAAUGACGAUUUCUUCUUAAAAGUCUUGACAAGCUGUGAAGGCAAAGGAACUAAAAUAAAAAUGCGUAGUGCAAAAAUUUCACCAGCCUCCAUGAAGGGUGAUCACUAUGCCAGUGUAAUGUUUCGCGCGCAACUGGACUAUGAAUUGGAGGGCGUGCACAAGUCCAAAUCUGUGAUUAUGAAAACAAUGCCCGAAAACGACGGGCACAAGAAGGAAAUGUUAGGCAAGACGGAUAUUUUCGAAAAAGAAAUCAUCAUGUACACGGAAGUGUUACCACGUUUCGAAAAGAUUUUGCGCGCCGUGGGCGAUGACACAGUGCUCAAGGCACCCUGUUUAUAUCACGCUUUGCAACCGAAGAAAAUAAUUGUCUUCGAAGACUUAGUACCUAAGGGCUAUGAAGUGGUGCGAGGGCGCGUACUCAACGCGGAAGAAGUGAAGGCCGCAUAUGCCAAGUUGGCCAAGUGGCAUGCCAUAAGCUACAAAAUCAAUUUGGAGGAGCCGCACUAUUUUGACAAGUUCGAGCGUGGCAUGCUCAGUAUGUCCAACAUAGCAGAACAGCGUUUCGUAACAGAUGGCAUUACCAACUUCGUUAAUAUGCUGAGGCAAACACCUUCGCUACAUGAAUAUUUGCCAUACUUUGAGGCCCUAGAGCCGAAACUUUUAGAAAAAUGUCGUGCAUCGUUCAUUGAGUUUCGUGAAGCACCUCAACCGAAUUCACAGUAUGUGCUUUGUCAUGGUGACUUUCAUUCCAAAAAUAUGAUGUUUAAGCACAAUAAAGAAACUGGCGCAUUGGUGGAUGUUUUGCUCUUGGAUUUUCAAAUCGGCUAUGUUGGUCCAAUUGUGAACGAUUUGAUAUAUUCACUUUACUGCAUUUUGGAUGCAAAUCUGCGCUUGCAAUUUCCAGCUUUUUUGUACAGUUAUUUCACCAAUUUCAUCGAUACUUUAAAAAAAAUUGGUUUCAAGGGUCCACUGCCGACCAUUACACAACUACAUGCGCAGCAUAGACGCCACAAGUGCUUCGAGUUCUUCCUUUUAACCACUUUUUUGCCCAUGUGGUUCGCAAUAGAAGAAAAGGCCGAGGUUGAAGCGCUGAUGACGUCCGAAGAAUUUCGUCGCAAUAUGUACAAGUUAAAGGGCUACGUGGAGUACUUGGAGGAACUUUUGCCGCGUUUCUUGCAUUUGGGUUACUUUGAUGAUUAAUAAAUCUUCGAUCUAAUAUGUAAUGGAAAAUGUAAAAUAUGUGAAUUUGUAUACAUAUAUGAAUUUCUGGGAUAUUAAUACAAUUAAA